AUAAAAAGUGCGAUUAAAUUGAAUUAUUAAACUUUCAAAAGCCUUUUAAGCGAUUAAGCUAAGUGAAAGCUACAUUUUGGUGCAAAAAAAUGGCCGAUACACAAGGAAAUAAUGAUCUAAGAAGACUGAAGGACAAGAGAUUGUCGAAUAAGAAUAAAUUUCUUAUCAUUAAAAAGUAUUAUGAGGAAAACAAAGAUAAAAAUCUAAACAAGGAAACUGUUGCAACUCAACUAGAAGCUUAUCCGAUAAUCAAGUACAUUCAAUUAAUGAUGGAAGAUACAACAACCGUCAAACAAAUGAAUGACGAUGAAGUUAUGGAAAUAACUAAAUUUAUUGACCGACUAAUGGACAUUGAAAGACAAGGAGAAAAAACUGAAACAGGAAACGAUGAAGGAAUAGAAGUCCAGGAUCUCACCAAUAAACAAAUGAAAAACUUAUUGUCGAUCCAAUUUGAUAAGAAGCAAGAUCAACCAAGUACCUGGUAUGAUGUAUCAGAUAUGCCAAUUUAUCAUAUGAUUAUUGUAAAAAUCAAUGGCUUAAAAAACAAAUGGGAAAAGAACAUUGGCGCUCAAACAGUUGAUCUAAUUGAAGAGCUACUGGAAGAAACGGAAGAAGAUAUUGGCUCACCUGAUGAAAUAUCACCUGGUUUUGAAUUAGCUAAAAUUAAGUUCACUAAUAUAGCCGAAAGAACAAGAGUUUUCAACUUCAUCAAGAGAGUUAAGCCCGAAUGGAACACAACAAUUCCCCCGCUACAUGAUCCUCAAAUAAAGAUUAUGAACGUCAAAUUUACACCUGAUAAUAUAAAACAAUGGAUCGAAAGACUCUUCAUAAAGAAUAAAUGGAAAAAAUGUUGGAAUGUUGCAAUCAAACACUUCUACAAAACCAACAACAACUUCGAUGUUAUUAUAGAAGUUGACCCUGGACUAAGAGAAUGGAUUGAACAACGAAAUGGACUUAUAUCAAUGGGUUACAAAAAGGUCACCGUGAUCGAUUACUUUGAUGUUAGACAAUGCAAAAACUGUACCAAGUUCGGGCACAUGUCCAACAAAUGUAAUCAAAUAAGUAUUUGCCCUUAUUGUGGUGAUGUUAAUCAUCAAAACGGAAAUUGUCCCAUAAAAAAUCUACCACAUAAAUGGAAAUGCCCAAAUUGUAACCAAUACGGUCAGAGUGCUUUCGAUACAAAAUGUCCGAAAUUUCGAGAAAGAUUAAACUUUGAACUCGAGAAGAAAAAUUAUCGAUACAAGAUAAUUAUGGCCUGAAGACAUUUAAAAAAUAACACUUUGAAGCCAAAAAUUAAGGGUUUAGAAAACAACAGUAAUCAUUAAAAUAAACAAACGAUAGAAAGAAACAAACAGAAAACUUGUAUAACCCAAUUUAAAACAAUUAAAUCUUAAUAAAGAAAAAUUAACGAUAUUUAUAAUUAACGAUAAUUACUCUUAUUUUUAAUAACUUGCUGGUUCUAGUUAAUUACAAUGAUUAUCUUGAUUUCCCUG